GUUCGGGGGCUUGGAGAGCAGCCCGAAGACGACACAGGGCUUCUAGCGACUGCACCGCGGCAGCGCGAUAGUUCUAACGGCAGUUUUAGAUCUUCCAGAGCUAGAUUUUGAACCCUUCUUAUCCUGGAAUUGCUCAAUGCUAAAACCAUUCAAAGGAAUAUUUAAGAAUCUGCAAACACAAUGGAUGGCUUUUAUGACCAGCAAGUCCCUUUCAUGGUUCCUGGGAAAUCUUGCACAGAUGAAUGUCGUGGAAGGCCAGUGAAUGAAAGAAAAAGGAAAUUUCAAGACACUGAUCUGGCUCAUGAUUCUGAAGCCUUUUUUUAUUUUCUUUCAGAAUUGUUUCAAGACCUUAGUCGGCUUCAGGAGGCUUGGUUAGCUGAAGCCCAAGUUCCUGAUGAUGAACAGUUUGUCCCAGAUUUCCAGUCUGACAACUUGGUACUUCAUGGGCCACCACCAGCUAAGAUUAAGAGAGAACUGCACAGCCCAUCUUCAGAGCUGUCUACCUGUAGUCAUGAGCAGGUGCUCUGUGCUAACUAUGGAGAAAAGUGCCUCUACAAUUAUUGUGCCUAUGAUAGGAAGCCCCCCACUGGGUUCAAGCCAUUAACUCCACCCACUACCCCAGUUUCACCUGCGCUUCAGAGCAGCGCCCUUCCUCCUCCACCUCUGCCCGCCACACCUGUGCAGACUCCUGCACAUGUCAGCCCAGCAGGCCCUUUGCAGGGUGCCCCUCCUCCCGCCUCUCAUCCUCUUCAGGAACCAAGGCAGCAACCCUUUGCUAUACCUCGACCACCUCAUCAGCCUAUCCAGAUGCCAAAGAUAAUGCCUGAAAACCAGUAUCCAACAGAACACAGGUUUCAAAGACAGAUGUCUGAACCUUGCCACCCAUAUCCUCAGCCAGGGCUUUCUGGAGACAACCGCCCUGUUUACCACCGGCAGAUGUCAGAGCCCCUUGUCCCUCCUACUGCCCAUCCUCCUCAGGGAUUCAAGCAAGAGUAUCAUGACCCACUCUAUGAUCAUGGGGUACCAGGUAUUCCAGGCCCCCCAGCUCAUGGAUUCCAGUCUCCAAUGGGAAUCAAGCAAGAGCCCAGGGACUACUGUAUUGAUUCAGAAGUGCCUAACUGCCAAUCAGCAUAUGCUACAGGAGGGGGAUACUUUCCCAACAACCAUGAUGGAUUCUCCUAUGAGAAAGAUGCCCAAUUGUACUUUGAUGACACUUGUGUUGUACCAGAAAGAAUGGAAGGUAAAGUGAAACAAGAACCCACUGUAUAUCGGGAAGGGCCUCCUUAUCAAAGAAGAGGAUCUCUCCAAUUGUGGCAGUUUCUUGUCACACUCCUGGAUGACCCAGCCAAUGCUCAUUUCAUUGCUUGGACUGGAAGGGGCAUGGAAUUCAAGCUAAUCGAGCCAGAAGAGGUAGCUCGUCGAUGGGGGAUUCAGAAAAAUCGACCAGCUAUGAACUAUGACAAGCUCAGUCGUUCUCUUCGUUAUUACUAUGAAAAAGGCAUCAUGCAAAAGGUGGCCGGAGAGCGAUACGUCUAUAAAUUUGUUUGUGAUCCUGAUGCCCUUUUUUCCAUGGCCUUCCCUGACAAUCAACGUCCAUUUUUAAAAGCUGAACCCGACUGCCAUGUGAAUGAAGAUGACACCUUACCUCUGACACAUUUUGAAGAUAAUUCCGCAUACCUCCUUGACCUGGACCGAUGCAGCAGCCUCCCAUAUGCUGAGGCCUUUGCUUACUGACUUGCUCAGCAACUGACAUUGGAGGCUUCAGCUCCAAUAAAUAAGGGCAAAUUACUUUCAUAAAGAAUUUCUGUUCAUAAAAACUGCUCCUUGCAGAUAUUAUCAGAAGAUAAAUUACUUUGAGGUCCUCUAUCCUUCAGAACUGACUAUAACAUGACUAGUGAAUAGGAUAUCCAAUUCUCGAUUCCUUGGCUGCAGUCAUGAAAAGCAUUUGGCAGGUGGCACUGGAUCCUGUUGCUAGGAACAUGUGUGAUGUACUUGCUUGCAGGACUUCAAGGGACUCUGAUUAGCAAAUUGUCAAGAAAAAAUGCUAUGUAACAAUCAUUAUUUUUUUUGUACUCUUCCUUGUGUAAGGGAAAGGGCUCUAAUUUGCAGAGAAAAUGAGCCAGUGCUGCGAAAGCCUUUUUGGAGGAGGCGGUGGUUUAGUGUGGAAUGGCUGACUUGUCGGAGCUAACUUGGCCACUUCUUCCUAUAUUCUCAGUGCAGAACUCUUCAAUCUGAGAAAGCCUUUUCUUCUGGUUGUCUUUCUCCUUACUUUUGUGGUUAUUAUUGAUCUCAGAAAGGCAGUCCAAAGGACAGCACUUAAAAUACGCAGACCCUUUGAAUCCAGCAGGCCACCCUCUCUGCUGAAAGGCUGCAUGUGAAUGGUUUGCUUUUAGACACAGGAAAAGGAAGCAUGGCCACAAAACUGCCAAGUUUAAGGGGCAACUUUUGAAUUCAAAUGUUUGGUGGUUGGGCUUUUUUAUUCCCUAGUCAAAGACAGUUUCUUGCUUCUGGCAGCAUUUAUACUAAAGGUGCUGCAGCUUGGGAGGAAGUAGUUGAAAUGCAUGCCCUACCCUAUGCAGCUUUGUUGUCUGCCUCUGCACUUGAUGCUGCCCCAAACCGUUUACACAGCUUGCUCUGCAUUAAAAAUGUGUUCCUUCUAAACAGCAAAUGAGAGUUGCUUGGCUUUUUAUCUGUUAGAGAACAGCAUGUCUGCCAUACAAGGCAACUCUAGUCACUGAACUUUCCCAAAAUAGCAAUUUUGAUCCUUGGUAGCAUUCACCUCGCUACUGCUGGCUGGCUGGCUAUUGCUAAACUGUUUUUUUUCCAAUUGUUGCUGAACUUGCAAGUAAGAGAGAUGAAGCAUGUGUAAACAGAUGUAUUUUUCACUUAAAUUGUGUUACGCUUUCAGAUAUUUGUUGCCUAAUGGCGAUUUUAAGACAUAAAACUUUUUUGUAAAAAUUUAGAGAAUGGGGAGAAAGGCAAGUUACUCAGUGUACGUGUGUACAGUAUACAUACAUACAUGUAUGUAUAUAUUUAUAAAACUUCUCUGGAUCCUUCAGAAAUCCCCCCCCCCCCCCGCUCUUUCCUGUGAGCCUUGCUGGCACGUACCAGUAAUGUGCUUGGCCUAAUAUGCAUCUCGACUCCAUGUUUCAUUGUAAAUGCUGUAUAGGAUUCCUUUUUCUGCUUUGAUAACUUGGGGUUUUUUUUGAUUAACUUCCUUUUUUUCUAAAACUCUUUAUAAACGACUCAGCAACUCUCCCCAGAAUGUAUCAGGUGGCCUGUCACAAAGCACAGGACUGCUGCCAUCCCAAUUCUGCCUCAGGGCUGAACCAAACCAGUGGAAUUAGCUGUUUUAUUUUUGUUUGUCAAUUUCUUUAAUUUGGUUUGGGAGUACAUAGUACAAAUGUCAAGCCAGAAUUUAGUAGAAUUGCAAUGCCUCUGAGUUCGUUUUUUGAUGAUUGCAUUACUUGGAACCCGACAAUAAAAAGAGUUAAUCUGAGGAUUGAUGUGAAAUGUUUAUUGCCUGAGCAGGGCUUAUGUAUCUCCUGCAAAGCUGCAUUACGUUCUGUACUGUGUACAAUAAAGGACUUUUCCUUUCUGUU